AUGAGGCCCGUGGGACCGCAGGUGGGGUGGUGUCGUCCGUCUCCUGGUCCAACCCAGCUCCUCACCCGGGGCUCCCGGUGGCCCCGCGCUGCGGCGAAGCGGACGGCGGUGCGAGGCCUGGACUUUGCGCGCCUGCACGAGAUGGACCCGCCCAUCCGGCCCGCGGCGAAGCUGCGCCAGGCCUCGGGCUUCGACCGCUACGACUCGGAGACCGAGCUGAUGUCGGGCUCCCUGGCGACGUGGAGCUCAGCCGGUGGGCCGCAGGCGCAGCCGAGUGCCCCCGAGCCGCCCCUCUCCGCAGCAGGAGGCCCCGCCGCGGGGGCCACUGCGCCCCCGCCCGCGCGGAGGAGAGGGCGCGCGGGGUGGUCGGUGAUCUCCGCCAUCGCCGGCAUCUGCUCCAGGUGA